AUGGCAGACCCUCGAGACAAUGGCAAAGAGGAGAAUGAAAGCACCGAGGGCGCUUCUCCAUCCGAACAAUUAAUAGAAGCAUGUCGACGAGACAAUAAAGAACUUCUCGACGAGAUAAUAGCCAACGCUGGCAGUGAAGAAGCAGUCGCCAAAUUACUGAAUGAAACUAAAACGGUGCUUGGAAACUUCGCCUACCAUGAGGCUGCUUUGAAUGGAAGCUACGAAAUCAUAGACACAUUACUUGACCAAGACGGAUUCGAAUGCGAUCCCAUAUCCCUCCGAGAAGGCGACACACCCCUCCACUCCGCCGUCCGUUUCAUCAACAAACUCCCUCACCCACUAUCAUCAUCUAACAUGCAAGUCGCAACCGCCCUCCUCGACAUGAUGACCCAAGCCGGUUCGAAUCCCCGCGUGCGGAACAAAGGCGGACUGACACCAGUCCAACUAUGCGACCCGAUCGAUACAGAACUCAAAGAACUUCUCAACAAUGCGCUGGAUAUCGACUUAAAUAACGGAGAUUUUAUUGUUGAUCAGGGCGAUAUUGCGAGUGGUGGGGAAGACGAUGCGGGGAGCGCGAGUGAUAGUGAUUUUGAUCCGGAGGAAUAUCAGCGGGAGAAGGCGAGGAGGGAGCAGGGGAAGGUUAGGAAUGGUGCGCCAUUUUGA